CCACAGUUCUUCUUAUCCACAGCAGGAUGAAGGGCUUCGUAGCGUCGGUCGUGCUUCUGGCCUGUGGGGCCUUGGCUGCAGACAUCGUGGAGCCCGAGGACUGCACCAGCUUCCCGUGCAUGAUCUUCGAGGACAACUUUGACUACCUCGACAACGAUAUUUGGGAACACGAGAUAACCAUGUCCGGCGGAGGAAACUGGGAAUUCCAAGCUUACGUAAACAACCGUAGCAUCAGUUAUACCCGGGACUCCACACUCUUCAUCAAGCCUGACCUGACCUCCAACUGGAAGGGCGAGGACUUCCUGAGCAGCGGCACCCUCGACCUGUGGGGCAUGAACGGCCGCGGGGACGUCUGCACCGGCAACUCGUACUACGGCUGCUCCCGAGUUGGCUCCAGCAGCAACAUCAUCAACCCCGUCACGAGCGCUCGUCUCAGAACCAUGUCGAACUUCGCUUUCAGAUACGGACGUCUUGAAGUUCGCGCCAAGAUGCCACGCGGUGAUUGGCUGUGGCCAGCCAUUUGGAUGUUGCCUCGUAACUGGCCCUACGGACUUUGGCCAGCCAGCGGCGAGAUUGACAUUCUGGAGUCCAGGGGCAACGACGACUUUGGCACUCUCGGCAACCAGUACGGAGGAACGACGCUGCACUGGGGACCUUUCUGGCCUUACAACUUCUUCGAGAAGACCCAUGCCGAGUACUCAGCAAAUACAGGUUCCUUCGCCGAUGAUUUCCACGUCUGGAGGCUCGACUGGACCAAGGACAACAUGGAGUUCUACGUGGACGACGUCCUGCAGCUGACGGUCGACCCUGGAACCAGCUUCUGGGACUUCGCCGGAAUGGGCCCCUCCUUCGACAACCCUUGGGCGGCUGGAGCCAAGAUGGCGCCCUUCGACCAGAAGUUCUACCUGAUCCUGAACGUGGCCGUGGGCGGCACGAACGGCUUCUUCCCCGACGGCAUCGCAUCCAAGCCCUGGUCCAACCUCUCGCCCACCGCCUUCCUCGACUUCUGGAACGCGAGGGACGAGUGGCUCCCCUCGUGGAAGGCGGGUGAAGACCGCAUCAGCGAGGGCGCAGCCAUGCAGGUCGACUACGUCCGCGUCUGGAAGAUGGAGAGCACCGAGCAGUAAAUCCUUCCACUAAACUGUAAUAAACUUCAUUUUUGAUUUAGUCUUUAUCACAUUUGUUUUAUUGUUAUUGUCGCCAUGUCAUCAGCAGAUAACUAAAAGUGAAUGCAUUACAAAUAAAGAUCUUCGUUAGAA